CGAGUGGGCAGGCAGCCACUGUGCGACCUAGCGGAGCUGCGCAGCAUGGCGGGCGGGGCCCGGGAGGUGCUCACUUUGCAGUUGGGACAUUUUGCAGGUUUCGUGGGAGCACACUGGUGGAACCAGCAGGAUGCUGCGCUAUGCAGACCGACCGAUGCCAAGGAGCCGCUGGGAGAGCUGUGCCCAGACGUCCUGUACCGGACGGGCCGGACGUUACACGGCCAAGAGACCUACACGCCGAGACUCAUCCUUAUGGAUCUGAAGGGUAGUCUGAGCUCCCUAAAACAAGAAGGUGGACUCUACAGAGACAAACAGCUAGAUGCUGCCAUAGCAUGGCAAGGGAAGCUCACCACACACAAAGAGGAACCCUAUCCCAAGAACCCUUAUCUCCAGGACCUUCUGAGUGCAGAGGGAGUGCUGAGUAGUGAUGGUAUCUGGAGGGUCAAAUCCAUCCCUAAUGGCAGAGGUCCUCCCCCAUGCACCACUGCUGCAACUCUAAAACCACUGAUCCCCGCAGAGGGCAGCAUCAGGGUCUGGUCAGACUUCCUCAGAGUCCAUCUCCAUCCCCGGAGCAUCUGUAUGAUUCAGAAGUACAACCAUGAUGGGUAUGGGGGACCCCAGAGACUGAGGCAAGGAACCGGGUCUCCACCAAUGUUGGAUGAGGCUCUUUUGAGGCCAUCUUCCGGGCCUUCCCCCAAAACUAGAUGUGUUGAGCAGGUGGAGGGGAUAGACGUGGGGGAGCCCUGUAAGUCCUGGAUCGGGUUUACGCAUGGCAGGGAAGCAGGUCGCCUGGAAGCUUUCGGCCAAGGGGAGAGUAUCCUGAAGGAACCUAAGUACCUGGAAGAGCUGGAGGACAGGCUGCACUUCUACGUGGAGGAGUGCGACUACCUGCAGGGCUUCCAGAUACUGUGUGACCUGCACGAUGGCUUCUCUGGGGUAGGCGCAAAGGCCGCAGAGUUGCUACAAGACGAGUAUUCAGGGAGGGGAAUAAUAACCUGGGGCCUGCUCCCUGGUCCGUACUGUCUUGGGGAGCCCCAGAAGAACAUCUACCGCCUGUUAAACACAGCUUUCGGUCUGGUGAACCUGUCUGCCCACAGCUCUCUAGUCUGCCCCUUAUCCUUGGGUGGGAGCCUGGGUCUGCGACAGGAGCCACCCGUCAACUUCCCUUACCUUCGUUAUGACGCCGCUCUGCCCUUCCACUGUAGUGCCAUCCUGGCUACAGCCCUGGACACAGUCACUGUCCCUUAUCGCCUACGUUCCUCACCAGUUUCCAUGGUUCAUCUGGCCAAUAUGCUGAACUUCUCUGGGAAAAAGGUGGUAAUGGCAGGGGCGACCAUCCCCUUCCCCUUAGUUCCAAGCCAAACCCUUCCUGAUACCCUGAUGCAGCUUGGAGGGGCCACCCCCUGGACCCCACUGUCUGCAUGUGGGGACCCUUCAGGAACACGCUGCUUUGCCCAGUCAGUGGUGCUGAGGGGUCUAGACAGAGCAUGCCACACCAGUCAGCUCACUCCAGGGACACCUCUGCCCUCCCCGCUCCAUGCGUGUGCCACCGGGGAAGAAGUCCUGGCCCAGUAUUUGCAACAGCAGCAGCCUAGAGUCAGGAGCUCUUCUCAUCUGUUGCUGACUCCUUGCAAGGUGGUUCCUCCUUACCCUCACCUCUUCUCCUCAAGCCUCAGCCAGCAGGGUUUGGUUCUGGAUGGUCCCUCAACUGGGGCAGCAGUGGAGAGCAUCCCUGUGCUUGGUGCCCUCUGCUCCUCUUCAUCCUUGAACCAGACCCUGGGAGAUUUGGCCAAAGAGCUUGCCAGACUCGACCUGCGGCGCUGGGCCAGCUUCAUGGAUGCCGGGGUGGAACGGGAUGACCUAGAGGAGACGCUGCAGGAGCUGCGCAGCCUGGCCCAGUGCUAUCAGGCUGGCGACAGCCUCAUGGACUAAAGCUCCAAGAAGAGGAAAGAGCUAGUUCACAAUAAAAACCGCUGGAUGCAGGA